CAUCCCCUCUCUUUUCCGCUCUUUCCCCUGCGACUUCAACCUCUCUCAAUCUCCUCUCCUUGUCCACUGGCUUGGGCGUGCCUUUGCGUGCGACGGGAGCUAGGAAUCCACGGCAUCGGAAAAGUGGCCGCCUGAAGAACCGAUUUCUCCAAGAUUUUGUUGUCCGUCCUAUCGCUUGCAGGAUCGGAUUCGCCGUCUCUGGCCAUGGUUCUCGCCGGCCUCCGCCGGCACGUCGGCCAGUUCUUGACCAGCAGUAAUGAGCUUAUGGCGGCGUCGCUCUCGGCCGUGAGCUGCGCGGACGAGGUGCAGAAGGCGGAGGGGGCGGGGUGCCGUGACGACGCCGCGGCGCUGCGGCUCAAGAAGGUGGCCAUGGCGGCGAUACUGGUGGCCGGGGUGCUCGGGGUGGUCCUGCCGCUCGCGGGGCGGAAGCGGCGCGCGCUGCGCACGGACAGCGCCGCGUUCCUGGCGGCCAAGGCGUUCGCCGCCGGGGUCAUCCUGGCCACGGGGUUCGUCCACAUGCUUCACGACGCCGAGCACGCGCUGUCCAGCCCGUGCCUCCCCGCCGCGCCGUGGCGACGGUUCCCAGUGCCCGGGUUCGUCGCCAUGGCCGCUGCGCUAGCCACGCUGGUGCUCGACUUCCUUGCCACCAGGUUCUACGAGGCCAAGCAUCGCGACGAGGCCGCGCGCGUCAAGGCGGCGGCGGCCGCCGCACUGGUUGCGACCUCCUCUGGGAGCGACGAGGACAUCACGGUGGUCACCGUCGAUGAGGACGAGCGCAAGGCCCCGCUGUUGCAAACGCACUGCCAUGGACACGGUCACAGCCACAGCCACAGCCAUGUGCAUGAGCCGGUGCAGGUAGAGGGUAGCGAGGCGGAGGUGUCGGCACAUGUGCGCUCCAUUGUCGUGUCACAGAUACUGGAGAUGGGGAUUGUGUCACACUCUGUGAUCAUCGGAUUGUCACUGGGAGUGUCGCGGAGCCCAUGCACAAUCAGGCCACUUGUCGCAGCACUUGCAUUCCACCAGUUCUUCGAGGGGUUUGCACUAGGUGGGUGCAUUGCUCAGGCACAAUUCAAGAACCUUUCAGCAGUUCUAAUGGCAUCUUUCUUCGCCAUCACAACACCGGCAGGAAUAGCUGCUGGGGCAGGCAUGACCACAUUCUACAAUCCCAAUAGCCCAAGGGCCCUUGUGGUCGAGGGCAUUCUUGACUCGGUAUCUGCUGGCAUUCUCAUAUACAUGUCACUAGUGGAUCUCAUUGCUGUAGAUUUCUUGGGUGGAAAGAUGACAGGGACCCUGCGACAGCAAGUGAUGGCAUACAUCGCAUUGUUCCUCGGUGCGCUCUCUAUGUCAUCACUUGCAAUAUGGGCUUGAGACAUGACCUUGAUUAAAUAUCAGAUAAAAGGUGAAGCAGUGUCCAUAUAAAAUUUCUGGGGUAUAUGUACAGUUUUAAUGUGUAGUAUCUUGUUGUAUGGUAGCUUCCUUCGGGAUCAUCAUAGGAUAACAUGCACUGUUUUUCAAGGGCAUGAAAAAAACACCGCUGAUGUACUCAAGGGUGAACUAUGUGGUUUCUUUAAGCGAUGAGCAAGCAAUGAUAUGUUUGACUGCCGCUGAA